GUUACAUGUCAUCAUCAAUGUCAUCGAUAAAAAAUUUUUGUAACUCAUCAUGAUCAACCGUCCAUUCUUUUCAACAAAUACCAAUAUUUUUUAUGAAAGUUUAAACGCCUCAGGCAAGUGUUUACGGAAUUUCUUGAUAAUGUUGUAAUAUGGCUGAACUGAAUACUGCACAUUUUGUGGUGGUAUAGCAUCCACAAGUAGACACACUGAGGGAGUAUGUGGAUUUUGGGCUAUACAAAAUUUCGAAUUUUUAUGAUUUUUGAAAAACCGCUUUGUUUAGAAGAGGCGGGCCUGAAAAAAUCCAAAAAAUAACAGUUUUUAUUAGCAAAAAUAACAUAUGAAGCUCCUUAAUCUACGAAGUCUGUUCGAAACCCAAAUGAUUACUUCUAGAUAACUAACUGAAUAGUCAAAAGAAGACAUCCCUCGGCUGUGUGCGUCGAUCUUACUUGGUUCAUUGUUUCAAGCUAUCCACAACUGUCAGUAAUUCGUUGCCAGAACACGCCGAAGAGUUUCCUGAUCACAAUUUUUUGAUAAUUUAUUAGCUCCAUCCAAAAUAAACGGUCAGAACGUCAUCGUAUCUCAAGAACAGCAACGUAAAUUAUUUGACACGCUUACUACAGGAAUAAUGGGUUUCCCCAGUAACAAUCAAUACAGAGCUGAUCACUGUUCUCCAGGCCAAUACCUCCAAGCACAAAAGCAGUUCGUUCCAGGAGGAAUGGCGUUCUCCUUCAACACAAUGCAACCAUUUUUUGCACAAGCGCAACUACCGUAUAACCAAGCACAGUUCAACAAUACAUUACCUCAAAGCAUACAACCAUUACAACACAUAAUGGUAAGCUCUCCUCAACCUAGCCACCAACAUCAACUGGGUGCGAUGCAACGUAGGCUUAUGCAAUGCCAGAAAGAACAAACAGAAAUAAUUGAUGUCGAUCACCAACAUAUUCCAACCUCAUGGAAGUUUCACAAAGAUGUUGGUACCUCAUCGGAAGAUCUUUUAAAUUACCAUACACAAACUCCUGGAUCACAAUCAUCUCCGGAUUUCAACUACAUUUCAGGUAUAUAUCUUCAGCAAGCACCAGUCAUUUGUCAUUCUAAUAAAAUAAAAGAGCUGACAUUAUCGCAACAAGUACGAAACUCAAAGGGACACGUAUGUGAUGUCCUUGAUGCUGAAGAAAAUGAAAAGAAACAAGUUUCAUUCAGUGAAUCUGAAAAUGACAAAUUUACAUGUAAGACAGACAACGAAGACGAUGAAAUGAAAGAAAUGAUAGACAAAUCGAUGCAAGACUCUCUUUUUAUAUGCAAUUGCGACCCUGACUCGCUUGGCGGACCAAAUGAUUUAGACUCUGAAGAUUGCGAUAUGGACAUAGAAAAACUGUACAAAUGUAUGGAGAAAGAGUUGUUUUGUGACCACUGCCGUCAACUUCUUGAAAUGAUGAAAACGCAUAUGAAGAAAUCCAAAAAAAAGAAGGGAAAGCAAAUAUAACCAUUAUAAAACACAUACUGCAGUACAAGUGAUACUGAUUACUGAUGUCUAGAGUAAUUUGGUGGAAAAAGUUGCUAUCAUUAGGAAACUAUAUGGAAACCAUAUCAGUCCGAAGGCUGACAAAUUGAAUUUUUGGACAAAUUCAGUAGUCAUCUAGAAAUUUGUAGUACGAAUUUUUAUAAUUGGUAUCUGCGUGAUCUAUUUGUAUAUUGUCAUAAUUAUGUAUAUCAGUCAUCAAUAUAUUAACG